CCUGCGUGCCCAUGUCUUUACAGACUUGUAGCUCCGACACAAAUAGCUGAACGCGUUUUUAGUGGAAGAACCACGAUGCGCAAUUACGCACGGGACUAAAGGAAUUUCGCGACCAUCCUCUUUCUGAUUCUCCUCCAGGGGAUCCGCUGUCCAUAGUUUUGAGUUCUCUCCAUUUACAGAUACGAUAUCUAUGCGCGACGUCAUCAGCGCAGCCACAGCCUCUCCUCACCUCUUACCUCUGAAGUUAAUCAUCCAGUCCUCUAUGUGCACAGGGCAGGAUGGGAUGCUCCACCAGUUCCCAAACUUCAGCGGUAGAUACGACUCGACCCAGUGCUAAGCCCGAGGAGAGCAAUGGAGCCAGCACAACAGGAGCGGCCAACGAGAAUGGCAAAGUAGCCGAGGACAGCGAAACCAUUCCGGACCAGACAUCCGCUGGGGGCAGCGACGCUAAGCCUGCAGAUGAAGCUGCUGCAGCCGCAACGUCUGCCGACACCACCGCUGCAGCUCCGCCUGCAGGGGAGGAGCCUCAGCCUGCCACAGCCAGUCCGCCUGCAGAGGCAGCUGCAGCAGCACCUGCAGAAGCUCCGGCGGCUGCAGACAGCACCGCAGAGACAGCGGCAAGCUCCUCGGAGCCUGCCGCUGCAGCUCCUGAGCAAGAGAAAACAGAGGCCACAGCGACUGAUUCAGAGCCCAAAACAGAGGAGGCACCAGCUCCCAGUGAAUGAUGUGCAACAUGAACGAUUGCACGGAUGAGUUUGUUCCAAGUGUCUGACCUUGUUUGUAUGCACGAGUGAAAGUAUGUGUAGGUGUGCGUUUGCCUGUGAAAGAUACCGCCUUGUUGCCAAGAUGCAGACCCUGUGAUAAACCACUUUCAGUCAGGGUUCCUCAGUCAUCACUGUGCCUUCUUCCCCUCAUGAUGGUGUGUAGCUGCAAUUUCUGCUCGUAAUCUGUACAUAGACAGAGUUCUACGGCACUUCCUGUUUGUUUCCAGAGGAUGCCGUCAUAUCAGGUUAACUUAAAUGAUAAAUUGUCUUUGAAAUUUCUAUUUAUUAUCUGUAGAGAGAUUUAUAAUAGCAAAUCUUCUUGAUUUAACCUAAGAGUCUAUACUUUUGUAUAAAAUUAUAAUUCUAAGGAAACCAAAGCCAAAGUUUAUUUGAUUUAUGAAAUUAUAUUCUUUUGGGGGUAGCUGGCUUUGAUUUUACAACCAUGUUUGUAAUGAUUAUGAAAAGCUGAGACUGUAAUCAUUAAUGUAAGAGCACAGAUGAGGUAAGGUGCAUGUGAGACCUCUUUUUUGUUUCUGAUGUGUCAUGAUUUCUCUCUAGGAAGACGACCUAACAUUUCUAAUAAGCUAUGAGCAAUGAAAAAUUAAAAAGGCCACCUUAAAAAAUA